GGCGAGGAGCUGUUGGUGUGGUACAAUGGGGAGGACGACCCGGAGAUAGCCGCCGCUAUUGAGGAAGAGCGAGCCAGCGCCCGGAGCCGGCGGCACUCCCCGAAAGCCAAGAAAGGAAAGAAAAAGACUCAGGAAAGCAAAAACAAGGGGAGGAAGGCAACAGAUACAAAGCAGAAAAAGACUGAUUUGGAUUCUUCAGCAGAUAUGAGGGAUUCUAAAGAGGGUCAUAAAGAAGAAGAUGAAAAGCCUUCUGUUUCUGCUGUACUGUCCCUGGAACAAACAGCUGUGAUUCAGGAGAUGGUAAAUCAGGAUGUACUUCCAAAGCUGAUGAUUCCCAGUCCUGCCAGUGAACUGCAAAUAGUGACCGAAGAGAAACAAGAAGAAGCAAUAAACUGUGCAUCAGAUGAUUUGGAUGAGGAUGAAGAAGAGGAUGAAGAAGAGGAAGAAGAGGAGAUGGAAGAUACCAAUAUGCCUAAAGAAAAUGCUGAAAUGCCUUUGAUAUGUGAAGAAAAGUUAGACUCUAUGGAAGAGCAAAAGAGUACAUCAGAGGAAUCUCCAGAGAGCUCUCCAAAGAAACUUGUGGUGAAAAUUCCAAAAGCAAGAGGUGAAUCAAAUGGUGAUGUUCAGGAAACAUUCAUGUUUCCUUGUCAGCAUUGUGAGAGGAAGUUUACAACAAAGCAAGGACUUGAACGCCACAUGCACAUUCAUAUAUCUACUGUUAACCAUGCUUUCAAAUGUCGAUACUGUGGGAAAGCCUUUGGUACUCAAAUUAACAGACGAAGGCAUGAACGGCGCCAUGAGGCAGGGCCAAAAAGGAAACCGUUCUUAACACUAACGUCAUCACAGCACUUGGAUAACGUUGCUGAUAACCAGGUGAUUGUGAGUGAUGGUCUUAAAGAUGACUUGAACGUUUCCAAUCUUGUACAAGACUCUGUUGUCUUGGAUUCUGAGAAAGUCUCCCAAGAAAUGUCACACUCUGCUUUCGCUGAGGAAAACAAGGAGCCCAAAGAAUUGCAUCCAUGCAAAUACUGCAAAAAGGUUUUUGGAACUCACACCAACAUGCGGAGACAUCAGCGCAGGGUUCACGAGCGUCAUCUUAUUCCCAAAGGUGUCAGAAGAAAAGGAUACUUUCAUGAAGAGCCACCACUUCAAACUGAGCAGGCCCCACCAGUGCAGAGUGUAUAUAUAGCAAGUACUGAAAUAGAAGAGGAAGGUGAAAUAGAUGAUGUCUAUAUUAUGGAUAUUUCCAGCAAUAUUUCUGAAAACUUAAAUUAUUACAUUGAUGGUAAAAUUCAGUCCAACAGCAGCACUAGUAAUUGUGAUGUGAUUCAGAUGGAGUCCAACUCUGCAGACUUGUAUGGACUAAAUUGUAUCAUCAGUCCGGUCACCGUGGAAAUUUCCUCAAAUAUAAAGAUUACGCAAACACAGGUGAAUGAGCCUCCUAAGGAGCCCUCUGUUAGUGGGAGCAAUGAAUCCAAAAAGAGGAGAACUGCCAGCCCUCCUCUUGUACCAAAAAUAAAAACUGAAAUAGAACCAGAACCUAUAACUCCUACUAGUUCCUUAAGUCUUCCUCUUAGCAUUUCAACAGAGGGCUUACCUUUUCAUAAAGACAAAAGCGUUUAUUUGUCAUCAAAAUUAAAACAGCUUCUUCAGACACAGGACAGUAAGAAGAUAACUCCAUCAAGUGAAAUCCCUAAGCUAGGACCUUCUGUUGCAUCAUCAUCUAUUUUGCCUCCAGUAUCCAGUAGAUUUAAAAGAAGGACCAGCUCUCCUCCCAGUUCUCCACAGCACAGUCCAGUACUUCGAGAUUUUGUCAAAUCAGGUGAGGGAAAAACUGUGUGGAAUGAUAGUCUUCGAAGUUCAAAAAUGCCAAAGUUAGAAAGCCACAGCAACUCACCUGCUUGGAGCCUAACUGGAAGAGAGGAGAGAGAGACUGUGAGCCCUCUUUGCUUCGAAGACUUCAAAACAUCAAAAGACUGGACAGUGGCUCCAACCUUUGGCAAUGUAUGCAACCAGCAACCCCUGGAUUUGUCUAGUGGUGUAAAACAAAGGUCUGAUAUCAAAAAUAAGCAUCAGGUUCCUUGGGAAUCUGUAUUAGAUUUAAGUGUGCACAAGAAGCCCUGCAGUGAUGCUGAAGUUCGGGAAUACAGAGAAAAUUCCAUUCAACCAACCUGUAGUGGCGUUAAAAAGAAGAAACCAACCACUUGCAUGUUACAGAAGGUUCUGCUGAAUGAGUAUAAUGGAAUGGAUGCAGCCACAGACAGUGCACCCAGUGUGAACAGAAGCCCAAGCCCAAGCAAAUCCCUGGAGUCUCAGGCAGAACCAGACACAGACCCCAGUCUGUCUGCAUCGUCUUCUGUUGACACUCAGCCCCUUAGUUCCUCUGUUUCCCUUGUGCCACACACAUCUGUUGUACCUUCCAUGUGUCAGCUGCCUCCUUUGUUAACACCAACUAAUCCUCCUUCCCCACCACCCUGCCCACCUGUUUUAACAGUCGCUACAUCACCUCCUCCCCUUCUUCCAACAAUGCCUUUAUCAAUUCCAGAUGUCUCUGCUAGUGCCACUAACACUUCCUCUUGUCCAUCGCCACUUUCAAACACUACUACCCAGUCUCCACUACCAGUUCUUUCACCUACAGUUUCUCCAUCUCCAUCUCCUGUUCCUUCAGUUGAACCGCUCAUUUCUGCUGCUUCACCUGGUCCUCCUACUCUCUCUUCCUCUUCUUCUUCCUCUUCUUCAUCCUCCUCCUUCUCAUCUUCCUCCUCAUCAUCAUCUCCAUCUCCCCCUCCUCUUUCAGUGGUUUCUUCCGUUGUUUCUUCUGCUGAUAACCUUGAAAAUACUCUUCCAAUAAUAAAACAGGAGGAAACUGAAAAUGAGCAGAAGGCCAGAGAAGAUCCUCGUACUGCAAGUGAAUCGGGAGUAGUGCAGGAAACAUUCAAUAAAAGCUUUGUGUGCAAUGUCUGUGAAUCACCUUUUCUUUCUAUUAAAGACCUAACUAAGCAUUUAUCCGUCCAUGCUGAAGAAUGGCCCUUCAAAUGUGAAUUCUGUGUACAGCUUUUUAGGGAUAAAACAGGCUUGUCAGAACAUCGCUUUCUGCUUCACGGAGUAGGAAAUAUCUUUGCUUGCUCAGUGUGUAAAAAGGAAUUUGCUUUUUUGUGCAAUUUGCAACAGCACCAGCGAGAUCUCCAUCCAGACAAAGUGUGCACACAUCAUGAGUUUGAAAGCGGGACUUUGAGACCCCAGAAUUUUACUGACCCCAGUAAGGCCAACAUAGAGCACAUGCAGAGCCUGUCAGAAGACUCUUUAGAACUUUCUAAAGAGGAGGAAGAAGACGAAGAUCUAAAUGAUUCCUCUGAAGAGCUUUAUACUACUAUAAAAAUAAUGGCUUCUGGGGUAAAAUCUAAAGAUCCAGAUGUUCGUAUGGGCCUCAAUCAACACUACCCAAGCUUUAAACCACCUCCAUUUCAGUAUCACCAUCGAAAUCCUAUGGGUAUUGGCGUUACUGCAACAAACUUCACUACCCACAAUAUUCCACAGACUUUCACUACUGCCAUCCGAUGCACAAAAUGUGGGAAAAGUGUCGAUAACAUGCCUGAGUUACACAAACACAUACUGGCCUGUGCAUCUGCCAGUGACAAAAAGCGGUACACGCCCAAAAAAAACCCAGUACCACUGAAACAGACAGUGCAGCCUAAGAAUGGCAUGGUUGUCAUCACUGGUCCUGGAAAGAAUGCCUUCAGGCGAAUGGGUCAGCCAAAAAGACUUAAUUUCAACGUUGAGAUUAGCAAAAUGUCUUCAAAUAAACUAAAAAUAAAUGCAUUGAAAAAGAAAAACCAGCUUGUCCAGAAAGCUAUCCUGCAAAAGAAGAAAUCUGCCCAGCAGAAGGCAGAAUUGAAAAAUAGUCUUUCUGAGUCAGACUCUCACAUCUGCCCCUACUGUAAUAGAGAGUUUACAUACAUUGGAAGUUUGAACAAACAUGCAUCAUAUAGCUGUCCCAAAAAACCCAUCUCCCCAUCCUCCAAAAAAAAAUCAUCCAAAAAAGGUGCAAGUUCAUCACCUGCAAACAGCGAAAGAGGCAGCAACCAGCGCAGACGAACAGCAGAUGCAGAAAUCAAAUUGCAAAGCAUGCAGCCUCACUUGGGCAAGACAAGAGCACGAACCUCAGGACCUGCACAAAUCCAACUGCCCUCUGCAUCCUUCAAAUCCAAACAAAACAUUAAAUUUGUACCUCCCAUUCGAUCGAAAAGGCCAAAUCCAUCUUCGUCGUUGAGGAACUCUAGUCCUGUGAGAGUGUCCAAAAUGACUCAUGUUGAUGGGAAAAAAACUAAGGUGGUAGGUAAGAACACUUCCUCUGGAAUCUCAAGCAAAGCCACCCGGAAAUUGCACGUCAGAAUACAAAGGAGUAAUAAGGCUGUUUUGCCAAGUAGGUCUGCUGUGGCAAGUAAGAAAAAGGCAGACAGAUUCACUGUAAAAUCUAGAGAGAGGAUUGGAGGACCUAUUACACGAAGCUUACAGCAGGCGGCAAAUGCCGAGGCAGCAGAAAACAAAAAAGAUGAAAGCAGUACAAAGCAAGAAUUAAAAGAUUUCAGUUACAGGCUCCGCAUGGCCUCUAGAUGUCCCUCCUCUUCUUCUAACACCAGCACCAGGCAAUGCAAGAAAUCCAGCUGCACUGCAUCCCCCUUCUUCAAGGAAUAGACCUCUGCGUGUCAGAGCGGAGCAGGUACUAGGAACUUUUGGCUGGAAAAGGAGAGAGGAAGUAAUCCUGCAGCAUCAUCCCAGCUGAGGUGAGAGCAGUUCCUCGGCAGACAGCAGGACAGCGGUUCCUUCUGCUGUCACUUUGUUCUCCCAUCCAGAGGGAGAGGGACAGAGUGUGCUGGGAUAGCAUGGAGAAAUGGGGAGAGCCAAGAGCUGGAAUAGCACGGAGAAAUACUCAGACAACGGCAGGCAGGUUACCUGUGUUCAGAGAGCUGCAGGGCUGGGUGAGAGUCUUCUUCCUGGCCAAACUUGGAGGGGUUUAACAUACUAUGCAAUUAAAUGCUGAGAAGACUGUUACAUCGCUUUAUUCCUACUUUGCAUCCUAACGGGUAAAGAACUGGGCAACCUGCAGAAACCCACAGGGAGAGGGGUAGGUUUUGCUGAGGUUUCCAUGUCUGCAGCCUGUGGGUACCCCAGUUCCUUGACUUUGUACCUUGAGCUUUAACGGGCACGGUGCCAUUGCUUUUGGAGUGCUUCAGGACCCGUGUUUCUUUGGAAGACCACUUGUUAAGUGAUCUCUGCAAUGCACUGAUAGCCCACAGGUUCCUAAAGGGACAAGCAUCUGUUUCCUAAAGGCUGCUGUCGCAUUUCUCGCCAGUCUGGUACUCUUGUUACAGUCAGGAUUUGUUUGUUUAGUGACAGUAUUGAACACACAUGUCACUGAGCAGUGCCACGCAACGAUUUUCCUUAAGUAUGGAGCUCUGUGUAAGCUGUCAUGCAAGCAUGCUUCACUUCAAUGGUCCUAUAAGAGGAGGCAUCGAUGGAGGCAGCCAGGAGAGCCGCAGCAACAUUGAGGUCAGUUUGACAAAUGCAGUGCAGAGAGAUCUCCUGCUCCUCAAUGCUGACAAUCACACACAGGCAGCGGUGCUCCUGCUCGUUUCACUUCUGAGGUCCCACUUUUGAUGGGACCCCUGCUAAUGUAGUGUCCGAGUUUGGGAUUUUUGAAGGAGGCCGAGGGGGUUGAUGGCCCUAUUUCCCCCUUGUCUCGGUCAGUUUAUCCCUUCCCUUGUCUUUGCACUCUGCACAGGUAAGCACACAUCUGUGUAUCCACGUGUUAAUUGUGAAAGAACAAGUGCCCAGUUGAUACUCCUUCCCACUGCCACCCUGAAAAGGUCAAAGAAGGAUCGAUUAUAUGUAGAUCCACAUAUAUAUAUAUGGCUUAUAUAUGAAUAUGUAUGAAAUGGCUGAAAGCAGCUGAUUUUGUACAGUUUUGACGAAAAUCAGAAUGUUGGAGAUGAAUACAAAAGCUUUAAACAAAAACUGUUGAUUCUGUUCGCCAUAAAAAUGUCUAAGCUACGUGUUUGAAUAGGAGAGCCAAGGUCUUCGGGAUCUUACCUUACCUAGCUGCAGAUCUUUUGGGUAACCCAAAUUGUAGGCUGUCUAAGUGCAAUUGUGGUGUGAUGCUGGGGAUUGGAUGAGCCAUAAGAAGCAAUGUGCCCUCCCGUGGUUGGAAGCAAUGCUUCCAGCCUGAGGUGAUGAGAGCAUGGAGGUGAAGGCUUUGUGGGCAGCUUGGUGCCAUCGCUGGCUGCUCUGCCUCUUGCCUAGACUGGAGAGUCUCGAGGAUGUGUCCCCUCUUGAGCUUUUUGCUAGCAAUAAUUUCUUCUUGAAGGAUGUGAUUGUACCAAUUCCAAACCAAGGCGGAAAAGUUUCACAGCAGCCUGGAAGACUGAGAUUGUCAUUAUUCAUUACAACCAGUAGGAAGUGAGUAUCCGAAUCUGCCGGGCAGCUUGGCCAAUCUUGGUUAAAUAGCACAGAAAAUAAACUCCCUGGCCUUACAUAUGUCAAAGAAGCUGGCGUGCAGAUAGAGCUCUCUGAUCAGUUCAGCUCACUUUCAUUUCGCAUGUUACCUUUCCUUUAAUUUUCUCUGCACGUUUUCCUUCCAUCAUUUCCUAUUAGGAUGGUAAAACCCCGUUCUUCCAAACAGGAAUUACCUUCCCGUGCGCCCGGACAGCAUCGGGACAGUUCAAACAACAAAUCCACAGUGCUUAAUAAAAACAGCUCCGAUACGCUCUGUCCUGAGCACCACCUCGAUGUGCCCUUGAUUUUCCCAGGCUGCCCAAAGCACUGUGGGUGCCCCAUCCCUGGAGGUGCCCAAGGCCAUAGAUGGGGACCUGGGCAACCUCAUCUGGUGUGGGGCACCCAACCCAUGGCAGGGAUUGGAACUGGAUGGGCUUUAAGGUCCCUUCCAACCUAAGCCAUUCUGUGACGUUCAGUCGAAGGUCAUGCCUACUGCACAAAUCCUCACUGCUCACGUGAGGAUUGUUGCUGAGCCCAAAUCCUGCUUUAAACAACCCGUCCUGAGACGCUCUCAGCUUCCAGCAGCAGUGAGUUGAAUGGAGCGCAGAGUUUCUGGCACGGAUGCUGCUUCGUUCAGUGCCUUUGAGGCAUACCAAUGAGGUUAAUAGGGGUCGCUUUUGUGCAAUUCAGUUUUGCUGCUUUUUUUUUCCCCCCUCAGAGCAGCAUUAACAACGAACAAACUCAAGGAGAGAAGCAUGUAGAUUGUUGUGCUAUAUUAACAUUUAUUUCCCCUGAGAAAUGCUGGCCUAUUGCGCCAACCUGUACAUAUGUAUCUACCAUUUUAAAAGCACGUCUUUCUGUCCCUGGUUGUAAAUGCUCUGUUUUUAAGGUUUUAUAAGGUGUGUUCCUCAACCAAAAGACCACAGCACCCGGCUUUGUAUUGUGGCCAUCUUUUUGGAGGCUCCAUUGCAGUCUGAGCUGUGGCAGAGGAAUAUCCCCACCAAACUUCUCAUUGUUUUCCAGCUGUGUGGGAGAGUUGAUUUUUCUUACAGGAAAUCAAUCAGUUCAACGUGGUGUCGUUUCUCCAGAACGAUGAGGACUUUUUCUUCGCAGCAAAUUCAGGACAGUGCACCAUUCUUAUUUUAUUUUACUCUCCCAAGGUGGAAUUUCAUGGUUCUGCAGCAAAUUUUUGACCUCCCCGCUGUGUGCCUGCUGACAAAGCAUGAAAUUCUGCCCUUGGAUAAUGUUGUGAAAACCCAAGGAGAGCGUGGAGAAAAAAACUCAGGUUCUGCAUGUAGGAAUCUGCGAGGCCAACCCUGGUAGCUCUGCAGUGCUCUCAUGGCAAUGCUGAUGUUGAGGAGUUGAUGGAAUAAGGAACUACGUGGGGAUGUGGCGUGAGCUGGUUGGUGCUCGGAUGCUGAACGUUGCUCUGGAAGAGUGAAAGCUCUGUUGCCUGUCCUCCAUGUAAAGGGAAAGACCAAUAAAUCAAUGUGACAAACCUCA